UUCCGGGCCGAUCAGGAGGGCGGAGGGGACCGAGGACACAGACGUGCGUCCAACCGACAGAGAGCAUGACCGACGCCGAGGCGCAGAGCGACCCACCAUCGGCACCGGUGGAUGAGGACAAACCACAGCCGGAGAGGAAAGUCAUAGCCACCCUGGUCCAAGGCACGGUGAAGUGGUUCAAUGUACGCAACGGCUACGGCUUCAUAAACAGGAACGAUACCAAAGAAGAUGUAUUUGUUCAUCAGACGGCGAUCAAGAAGAACAAUCCCAGGAAGUUCCUCCGCAGCGUCGGAGACGGCGAGGUCGUGGAGUUCGACGUGAUUGAAGCCGCCAAGGGCUCAGAAGCGGCCAAUGUGACCGGCCCCGGUGGCGUUCCAGUCAAAGGGAGUCGCUACGCGCCCAACAAACGCCGAUUCCGUCGACGGUUCUUCCCCCGCAGCCCUGGGCCAGGGGACCCGAGCAAACCAGCUGACAGCCAAGCCCCUGCUGCCAAGGGCGAGGGCGAGGGGUCAGGAGAGAGCGACGGGGUCAAACCACAGCCGCGCCGCCGAAGGCCCUUCAGACCACGGCAAGAGGCACAAGAGGGCGAGUCUGGAGAGCAAACUAACGGCGUAACAGAAGGUGACCAGCAACCACAACGCCGUUCUAGAUUCUGGCGUCCGUACCGCAGACCGUUCCGGCCUCGCCCACCUCCCGAUCAGGCUGCAGACGGGCAGCAGGCAGCCGGGGAGGACCAGAGCCCUGACAAGAGCCUUGACCUGGACCAGGGUCAGGAGCAGAGCCUGGACCAGGGUCAAGAGCAGGCUGAGCUGAAGCAGACCGAGGCCUCCGUGGGCCCGCAGACUAACGGAGAAGCAGAUGAGGGCCAGAAACCACGGCGCCAAUCCAGACGCCGCAGGCAAAGGAACUCUGAGUCGUCUGUGUCCAAAAAUGAUGCAGAGAAGUCUGCGUCGGAGCCUGGGACCCCGCCUCCGAACUCCAAACCAGCUGACCUCAAGUCUUCCUCCAAAUCCCCAAAGUCUUCCCCGAAGAGCUCUCCCAAACCACCCAGAUCACCUGAGCAGGCAGUGGACGCACCAGUCCCAGCACCGACAGAAUGACCUCACUGAGAGGACAGUCACGUGACCUUUGGCAAGAGGUCCUUGUGGGGGGGGUGAUGACUGGACCUAUUUCAGAACAUGUGCACUACUCUCCCCUCCCCUCCCCCACCCUCCAACCCACAAUCUUGUUGUCAUCCCCUCGGACCCCUUCCUCCUCCUUUCAUCUUGUCUUGUCCUGUCUGGUAACUCUAUGUUUGGAGAGGGACGGGGUGGGGAUCAAAUAGGAUCCAGGUUGGUGGUGGGUGCAUAUUUAGAAAUUAAAAGUACAUCUUUAAAAGAAAGAUCUGCUUGGUAGCCAAGUUAUUCCGCCCCCCCCUUAAACAAUUUUUCUUUGGGCACAUCAAGUUGUUGGGAGAACCAGCCUUGAAUUUUAUUUAACUUAAUUUGGUUGAAAAGGGGAAAACCAGGCAGGUGUGAGGGGGGUGGUGCAUUAUGGGAGUCGGUUUAGUUCCAUUACCACCUCAAAUCACUUAAAAACCUACUGACUCCCGUCAUCGUCCUCAGUUGAGGAUAUAUAUAUAUAUUGAAAAAGAAACUUAUUUCUUGUGUUUUACUUAUUUGUGUGUGCUUUUCUUUGGAGGGGAUCAUGUGCAAUGUCAGUGCUGAAAAUAGUAAUUAAUAAAUCAUGUUUGCAAA